AUGCGUCGAAGAACCCCGCGUCUAUCUGGAACUGCACCUCUAAAAUGUGAGGGGUGCGAGUCUGAUCCAGCUUUAGCAACCUGCAUUGAAUGUCAACAAUACCUGUGCACCAACUGUGUUAAAGUUCACAAAAACAUUGCAUUAACACGUGUUCAUAGGGUUAUAUUUCUCACAGGGCUAAGCAUACCAUCUACUCCAAUCCCACAGCCUUCUUCUACAAACAAUUAUAAGUUUUGUUCCAUUCACCAUGGUAGUGAAGUAAAGUUUUUCUGUAAGACCUGUGAAGUGCCAACCUGUUCAGACUGCACAAUAGUGACACACCGUAUACCAGACCAUGUCCACAUACCCUUGAAAGAAGCUGUAGAUGCGUGUCGCAGUGACUUGGUAAAGAUGGCCAUGGCACUUGAAGAAAGGAGUGUUGUCCUUUCAAAGGGAAUGGCUAAAACAGCCGAAUUUUGUCACAAGCUGAAUACAAAUCUCACCAGAGAAAAGGACACAGUACGAGGUGCAUCUAGGGAGAUGAACCUGGCUGUGAGUAGGGAAGAGAAGUCUGUAAUUGAUGACAUAGAACAUGAACGUGCGGCAAGGAUGAAACCUUUGAACCUUCAGGUGCAUAAUCUUGAAUCAAAACACAAAUCUCUGAAACAGGCUUUUACUAAGAUACAGAAGUACUUGCAUUCCAAGGACUAUGUAGACCUGUUAUCAUCGAAACAUUGUACAGAGCAACACAUCAUGAAACUUAUUGAUGACACCGAAACAAAUGUGACUAAAUAUGACCUUGAAGUGCUGCCUCGUGGUGAAAAAGUCUCGAACCUGUUCAGACAUAAACAGCCAGUGUGCGUUUCCAACUGCACUAUUGGAGGUAAUGUUGAAUACAUGUUCAAAGGUCAAGCAGUCGCCAUACCAAUUUCCACCAAAGACUGUAUGGGAAGACAUGUAGUUGGUGAACAUAAGGUUAAAGCAAUUCACAUUAAACCGGAUGGCUCUCCACAGAAGCUAAUGCAAGUGAUUGAUAAUGGCGAUGGUGCAUACUCUGUGACUUUACACGGUGACGUGGAAGGCAAUCAUAAAAUUAUAUUGAUGAUUGGAGAUAUAGCCAAACCAGGACCUCCAUUCACAGUGCAAGUCAUCAAAGGCUUAGUCAAAACCAUAGGCCAGAAAGGAGACGGGAAACUACAAUUCAAUAAUAUUUGUGGCAUUGCAAUAAAUACAGAUGGUGACAUUGUAGCUGCUGACAAAGACAACAACAGACUACAGAUCAUAGAUAUUAGCGGGAAAUGUAAGGAUAUAAUAGCACUAGAAGAGCAGUUUAGACCGAUAGAUGUGGCUAUUUUAAAUAACGACAAUUAUGUUGUAGUUGGUGAUCAAACAAACAAAGUUGCUUUAAUCAAUACAAUUAGAAAUACCAUUUCAUAUUUUGGUAUGAGUUUUCUAGAUCGCACAAGAAGUAUUGCUGUAUGCCCGAUUACUAAUUUGGUUUAUGUUUUAAAUGAACACUGGCCAUGGAAUGUUUUUGCAAAGGUGUUUACACAAGAAGGUGCGUUUGUGAAAUCAAUUAAAUUGAAACGAUCCACCCCUAAUUGUAUCAGGAUUGACAGCGAAGGUAAAUUGUUUGUGUGUGUCACCAAUAAUAACAAUGUGGACGUAUACGAUAAAGAUGGGCCCUUUUUAUAUAGAAUUCCAGAAGUUAGAAAGUCAGGUAGAAUGUUGUACAAACCAGCAUAUUUAGCUUUUGAUGACAAUGGAUAUCUUUAUGUCAGUGGUGACAAUAAAUUACAAAAGUUUGAUUGUCUAGGAAAUUUCAUCUGCCAAAUUAACACACAUGAAGAUGGAUUAAAACGUCCAUCUGGUAUUGCAAUAAUGAACAACUUAACAGUAGCAGUUGCUGAUAGCCAAACAAAUUGCAUUAAACUAUUUGUACAGUAA